AUGGCUGACGAUCUAAAAUCAUUCGACCCCGGAGUGGAGAAUAGUUGCAACAAAAACCAGAGUGCUGUACGACAAGAAGCCUCUAGUUCUACGGAAUAUCCAUGGCAAACAGAGUUGCAGAUAACUCAUGACCGCAGGAAAAUUAACGACAUUCUAGAGCGCAGAGGUGCAGAGAUUCGAAAUAUCUACGAGCAGAGCCAGAAUUCAGUAGAUGACUGCCACCUCCUUGAGAGAGAAUGGUUGGCCUUGGUAACAGAAAAAGAUAAGAACCUUUGCAAACAAAUUGAAGAGGAGAAUGAACAGGCUAAGAGAAAUCAAAUCAAGCAACUUCAUCAGGUUCUUGAAUCUCUUGGAACAUUUAACUUCAACAAACCAAAUGAAGCCAUUUUAAAGCGAAAUCUGGCAAAGAUGUACCAUCAAAUUGGCAAAUACUGCAGCAGGAAUAAGAUAGAUGUAACCAUGAAAGACAGCAGUAAUACUAGCACCUCCACCCCACCCCCUCCAAUACUGAUACCCCCUCCUCCUCCACCACCACCUCUGACCCCCCUUACAAGUAUCAAUGCUACACCACAAAAUGAUACUAAAAACCUUUCAAGGAAGAGAGGUGCCUUGACUGCAAGAAAUAUCUCAACAACCCCAUGUGAUCAAAGAAAUGAAGAACUUCUUAAAAAGAUAAGGGGUGGCUGUAGAUCAGAGCUACGACGAACAUCAUUUAAGCGUUCCCCUGGCGGUACACCAUUUAAAAGGCAGAGGCGUGUUUCUGAUAGCAAUGCCUCUGAUUUGAUAACUGUGGCUUUGAAGAAAAAAUUUCAAAAUGUAACUUUCCAAAGCCCCAGAGAAAAUGACUCUCCCAGAUCUUUCACAUCCUUCGAGGACUUGCAACAAAAUUAAUGUGUUAUGAAAAAAAAAAUACAAAGUUUUUUUAAUGUGAAAACUGAGAGGAAACAUUUUAUUACAAUCACCAUAUAGGGUUGAUGUGAUGCAUACAAAGAUACUGCACAAAAAUUUGUAUUGAAUCAUCAGUUUAAAUGUUUAGAUAGUUUAUUUUUAAUAAUUUUUAUAAACUUCAUCAUUUGUUUGUUUUUGUGAAUACUUGUGACAUCACCUGCUUCUCAUUCCUCCUGUUCUUGAGAUGGAUGUGUCCUUGUCUAUCCCUUUAACUCCCAUGGGUGACCAAGACAGAAUUUCUCCUUACAAUAUCAAUACAAUAUCAACCGGAUAAGUGAUGAGAAUAAAGAGAAAUAUCAGUAGGGGGAUUAUUAGUUGAUUCAAUGCCAAAUUCUCCAAACUAACAUCAUAUGAAUGAUAUUGCAGACAGAAAGGAGAAUUAAUGAUGAGAUCUUGGGAAUUAAAGGGUUCAAAAUUAAAAGGCAUUUAUUUUUCAGGACUUGAGCAGGAAAUUAACAAAACUGUCAUCUCUUGUGAUCACAAGUUUGAUCCUUUUGUUUUAAUUCUUUCUCUAUGGAUUCUAUCAAUGAACUGGUGGUAGCUUUCAGAAUUUGUUUCCUGUUAGAUACAAAAUGAUAAAAAAUAUAAAUUAAUAUGAUUUAACUAAGGCAACUUCUGCAUUCACUGAUUUCAAGGUGAAACUGAAGUUGUCAAUGUCAAAAGAAAAAAUAAAAUCUGUAGAUUAAAUGGUAGAGCAAAGACAGCCAUUCCUUACUUGAACAGAACAAAGCAAACAAAAUUUAUUGUGGAUUAAAUUAGAGUGAAAAUAUAACAUUACAUACUGCUCUGCCUUUUCAACAUUGUAUUCCUCAAGUUGCUUUCUGUUCAGUUUAUAUUCCUCUGGUAGAAUUGCAUUUCCAGCCUGUGCAAGUAUUCCAAGAGGCAAACUAAAGGUUUAGAAAGUUGAAGAGUAUGAAUUAGAUUUAUUCAGUGCUUUUAUAAAACCAUAGUCAAAGUAAAACAGUACAAUGGAAAGUUAGUACAAACUUAGGUAGUUAAUGAAACCAAUUUUUGAUUCACUUUAGGAAGAUGCAUCCACAACAACUUAAAUAACCCACAGGUUUUGUCAAGGCUAGAAUAAUAAAAUUACUGUUGUAAAUAUUAUUUUCUAAUUGAAUGUAUCGUGUUGAGUUAUACAUACAUACAUACAUUUUAUUACUUGGAUUUGUAUUUACAAGAUUUCAU